UGUUACCAUUAGAGUAGUAUGUAUGUGUAUGUGUGUGCGAUCUAUCUCGUGGUUUUCAUGCUGUAGAAGUUCAUUUUUCAGGCAAAGAAAUACACAUAAAUGUAUUUCGUCUUUUUUUCCUCUGUUGUUUUUUGAUUUGAUAAAGAAGAGAACACGGGAGACUGUAGGAAUAUUUUCGAUGUGUGUGAGCAAAAACCUCGUGUUUUAGACAUAAUAUAUGUGUAUAAUUCAAAAAAAAAAUUCGUAGAAAGAAUAGAAAAACAUAAAUAAAUUCUAACUACAAUUUUUUCUGUAGAUUUUCCUAUAAAUUGUUAAUUUUGUAAGUUUGCGACGAAAUAAUUGCGAUUUUAACCAUCGUUGCACAGGGAAUGAAAAAAAAGAAUAAUUGAUUUCAUCAUUUGAACUGGUACUUACAAUCCCACUAUCUGUCGGCUUAAUUUCAAAUUCGUUCGACUGUGUGAACAUUGUUCGGUCAAGAUAGAUCUUUGUGAUUUUCAUAUAAUUUGGUACACGCACACACACACACACGAUACGAACCGAGGCAAGUGCUUGAGUUGAUUGACUGGGAAAACUCAUUAAGUUAACCGGAAUCGACUGACCGAGUCCUAAUCGAACCCUAUAUAUUCCGACGACGAAUUAACUGCUAAUAAACAAACAUAGUCAAAUUAAUCAUGGGAUCAGACACACCAUCAAAUUCGACGGCUACCGAAAAUCAUGUAUCAAGCAAUGGAAAUGUGGAUAAAAAUCAAGAAACGCACACCCUUACAAAUGGAGAACAGGCUGAAGCCGCAAACGGAGCUGAAGUAGAGAAAACGGAGAAUGGCACGGCAGAUGAUGCCGAAUCAGGAAUAUACGAUGACACCAAUUUUAAUAUCAAAGUCGUGUUGCCAGGUAUAUCGGAGCCGCUGGAAAUCCCCGUAUCAGCCAUGGAAAUGGUCCAGGAAAUUCAUCAAAUGCUCAUGGAUCGCGAAGAUUCAUGUCAUCGCACAUGCUUUUCAUUGCAAUUGGACGGUGUCACUUUGGAUAAUUUUGCUGAAUUGAAGAGCAUCGAAAAUUUAAAAGAUGGAUCAAUCUUGAAAGUGGUCGAAGAGCCAUACACAGUUCGUGAGGCUCGUAUACACUUGCGCCAUGUUCGUGAUUUGCUAAAAAGCUUAGAUCCAACCGAUGCGUACAAUGGCAUGGAAAAUGCAUCUCUAUCAUUCUUGAAUGUAAUCACACAAGAUGAAAUCAACGAUUCGAAAAAGUUGCGUGAAAAGUUCGAUUGCACACCUCCCGAUUAUAUAUUGCCCGGCGCCAAAGAACGAAAUUUGAUACCGCUAUUGCCUGGCGUGAAGAACGUUAAAGGGCCACAAGCAUUGAAAGUGUUGACCACAUCGUCGUGGAACCCACCACCUGGUCCACGCAAACUGCAUGGUGAUUUGAUGUAUCUGUACGUUAUCACGAUGGAAGACAAACGAUUCCACAUAACUGCGUGUCCACGUGGCUUCUAUAUCAAUCAAUCCACGGAAGAAUCAUUUAAUCCGAAACCAGAUGUGCCUAAUCAUUUGUGCCAUUCGCUGAUCGAUUUAUUGUCAUAUAUUUCACCAAUGUUCAAACGAAAUUUCGCAAUCAAUUUAAAGCGUCGCUCAUUGCGUCAUCCAUUCGAACGUUUGGCUACUUCAUACCAAGUGUACUCAUGGUGUGCACCAGUCUUAGAGCAUACCAUUGAUGCCAUUCGGGCUGAAGAUACAUUUUCAGCAAAAUUGGGUUAUGAAGAGCAUAUACCCGGCCAAACGCGUGACUGGAACGAAGAACUACAAACAACAAGGGAAUUGCCACGCAAAACACUACAAGAACGUUUGAUGCGUGAACGUGCCAUAUUCAAAGUACACAGUGAUUUCGUUGGAGCCGCCACACGUGGUGCGAUGGCUGUCAUCGAUGGUAAUGUUAUGGCCAUUAAUCCCGGUGAAGAUGCCAAAAUGCAGAUGUUCAUUUGGAACAAUAUCUUCUUUUCACUUGGAUUUGAUGUGCGAGAGCAUUACAAGCACCUUGGAGGCGAUGCAGCCGCAUUUGUUGCACCUCGAAAUGAUUUGCAUGGCGUUCGGGUGUACAAUGCCGUUGACGUGGAAGGACUUUACACAUUGGGCACAGUCGUUGUUGAUUAUCGUGGUUACCGUGUUACAGCCCAAUCGAUUAUUCCCGGCAUUCUGGAGCGUGAACAAGAGCAAUCAGUGGUUUACGGAUCAAUUGAUUUCGGUAAAACGGUCCUAACUAAUGACAAGUACUUAGAAAUGUUGAACAAAGCAGCUACACAUUUGAAAAUUUUGCCACAUCAUGUGCUAAAUGAAAAGGGCGAAGCGGUUGAAUUGUGCUCAUCGGUCGAAUGCAAAGGAAUUAUCGGAAAUGAUAAGCGUUACUAUAUCCUCGAUCUGUUGAGAACAUUCCCACCCGAUGUGAACUUCUUGAAACACCCAGAUAUUGAAUUGAGCAAACGGGUCCAAGAGAUGGGUUUUCCAAUCGAACACAAGCACAAAUUGAACUGUUUGCGUCAAGAAUUGUUGGAUUCAUUUGUUGAAGAUCGUUACAUUCGUUUUAUUCGAAAUGCUGCAUACAAUUUACAGAAGAUAUGCACAACUAAAAAGCAAACCGAGACUGAAAACGAAUCGAAGGACGAAACCACUGGAACCACCGAAACCACAGCCCAAGCAAUUGAAGACAAACCAAGCGAAGACAAUAAGGAUCGGGCAAAUGGUUCAGGCGAGAAUAACAAUAAACCGAUGGUGAAUGCUGAACUUGCUAAAAAAGUAAUGGAAUCAUUCACUGACGAUAUUUCAAGCAAUGCAAAACAAGCGGCUGAUUCGAAGCGAAUUGUGCGCGAAGCAUGCGCUAAUGUUGGUUCACUGAAGGAGUCUGAGUUUGACAUUCGCUUCAAUCCAGAUGUCUUUUCGCCAGUCCGUCACACGGGAACAAUCGAUACGGAACCACCGACUGACAAAGAGCAAGCCGCUAAAUUGGCUGCCCUAGCAACGCCAUUCAAUUCAUUGAAACAACAAAGAAAAUUGGUAAUUGAAGCUGCCGAGUUCUUGGUGACCGUUCAAAUUCCGAGCUUCGUUAAUGAAUGUCUUAAUCAUGCAUCGGCACCAAUGGAGGGAACUACAUUGGCUGAGGCAAUGCACAGUCGCGGUAUAAACAUGCGUUAUUUGGGAAAAGUGGCAAAUCUUUUCGAAAAGAUUCCACAGCUCGAAUACUUGCACAGAAUAUCGGUGCAAGAGCUGAUUUUACGAUCAACCAAGCACAUCUUCCAAGUUUAUAUGCAAAACACGGACUUGAUCAACAUGGCAUCGUCAAUUAGUCAUUUUCUCAACUGUCUACUCACAUCACCGAGUCAUCCAUUGAAUCCAACACUUGGACAAGAUGAAUUGUGCAAGCAAAGCAAACGUGGUGGCAAAAAUAAACGCACCACGGCCACAAAGUCAGCUAGCAAUGGUCGUGUUGGUGUGUUCGGUGGUGAUCAAACCUAUGAAUGGAUAUCAUUGACACAAAAAUCUCUGUGGCAACAAAUAAAACGUGAAUUGAAAGCAUACUUCGACUUUGAUCUCGGCGUUGAAGCAUCCAUUGAGGCUGUUAUUGAAACGUACAAACUCCACAAAUUGACCGUGUUGCGAGCGUUUUGUUUGAAAGUCGGCAUUCAAAUCUUGUUGCGUGAAUACAACUUUGAAUCGAAGAAUAAGCCAACAUUCAAUGAAGAUGAUAUUGUGAACAUGUUCCCAAUUGUUAAGCAUAUUAAUCCACGCGCAACAGAUGCAUACAAUUUCUACACCACCGGCCAAUCAAAGAUUCAACAGGGUAAUUUCAAAGAGGGCUAUGAACUGAUUAGCGAAUCAUUGAAUUUGCUCAAUAACGUUUAUGGAGCAAUGCAUUCGGAGAACUCACAAUGUCUGCGCAUGUUGGCUCGCUUGUGUUACAUAAUGGGUGAUUUACAGGAAGCCGUCAACAUCCAGCAACGCGCCGUCCUGAUGAGCGAACGUGUCAAUGGCAUUGAUCAUCCAUACACAAUCUCGGAAUAUGCACACAUGGCCCUCUAUAGCUUCGCAAACGGACAAAUAAUCCCAGCUUUACGACUUCUUUAUCGCGCUCGUUACCUAGCUGUAUUGAUCUAUGGUGACGACCAUCCUGAUAUGGCUCAAUUGGAUAGUAAUAUUGCCCUCUUCUUACAUGCGACCGGUGAAUUCCGACAUUCCGUUCGUUUCCUUGAGCAUGCACUCGCAUUGAACAUUAAGUAUCAUGGUGAGAAAUCCUUGAAAGUGGCCGUGAGCUACCACUUGGUUGCACGCACACAAAGUUGCAUGGGUGAUUUCCGUUCAGCACUUUGUAGCGAAAAAGAGACAUAUGCCAUUUACAAACAAUUGUUGGGUGAAAAUCAUGAGAAAACAAAGGAAUCAUCGGAAUGCUUGCGUCAUUUGACUCAACAAGCCGUGGUGCUACAAAAGAAAAUGAAUGACAUUUGCACAACUGGAAAAAUCACUGUUGACUUACCACCAAUCCACAUUCAACCGCCAUCAAUGGAUUCCGUUUUGGAUAUGUUGAAUGCCAUUAACGGCAUCAUUUUCGUACACAUAAGUCAAAAGGAUAUUGCAAAUAUGAAAAGCGAAAUUGAAAAACGUCAAAGAGAAGAUGACAAUAAUGCAAAAGCAAACCAAAGUAGUCAACAAUCAUUAGAGGCAGCACAAAAUGGUACCGAUGAUGAAACCACUGAAGCUGGCGAACCAGCAAUUGCGAACGGCGUAGAUAGCGCACCAGCCAAAUUGGUUGCAUGUUAGAUCCAUUCUUUUUUACUUCGAAUAUACAAACAUACAUUACACACACAUGCAUAAAAAGUAUAAGUCAAAUGAAUUGUUUGACGUUUUCCGCCAAAAUAAAAACCAAAACCAAAAAAAUUAAGAAACAGGUCAAAAAAAUCUAGAUAGAUACCCGGUCAUUUGCAAUGGUGCAUUUGACUAAGUACAGCAUAUCUGUAUAGUAAACGAAUAGAUAACAGAAAAUAACAAUACCGCAAUAAGUUUUCAUUGGAAAGAAGACGUAAAAAAAGAAAUUCGAAUCAAAUCACAACGUUCAUAAUGAUAGUAGCUUCUCAAAAGAUAAAAAAAUAUUCUGCAGGAAAACGUCGAUUUAUUCGUUAUGUUGCACAUAAUGAAACAAACAGAAAAAAAAUAAAGAAAACAAAUCAUUGGGGCUAUUUACUUUUUGUUGAACAAAUUAGAACAAACAUAUACGGAGCAGAUAAGCGUGAUUUUCUAUGAUUCUAAUUUAUGGUUUCAAAGAGCAUAUACUUCAAGCUGAAUUAAUUGAGAAGCGAUCGCAGUUAUAACGUAACGCAGCCACACUAGAAAAUCAUUGCCAUAAUAAAAAUCGAAUUUAUUUUCACCUUCAAAUAUGGUUUUUCAGAUGUUAUGUAUCUGCGUUUGUUUCCCUUUCAGUUGUAGCAAUAUUUUUUGUGAUCGAUUUCCUUUGUUGAACAUUUUGUUCUUAAAUCUGUUUUUCUUUUUGCAACCUGUGAACGCGUCAAUGCGAAGCUUCCUUUGUAGAAUAUUAGUUGGUUUACACCAAUCAAUUAGGAAUGAAUCCGCCGAAACUGUCCAUCACAUACAUUUUAGUCACACACAUUUUCAAACUACGAAACCAUUGACAUAAAUAUUAGAGCAUCAACCUAUUGUUACCCUUAUUCUGUAGCGAUAUGCUCACGAAAUAUACUAUACCAAAACCAUAAUGGAUAAGAAAACAAACAAGAAACAAACAAAAACAUAGUAGAUUAAACUAGUGUACAACUUUGAUCCCAACAAAUUGGACUGAGAGAAUACUUACUGUAGAGUAUCAUCAUCAAAUUAGUUCAACAAAGCCUUCAUCAUAAAUCAACAAACUGAAAAUCAUUGAUGAUUCCAUUUCGAUGCAAUGUUUUUUAUGUUAUUAUUGUUACCGAGUUCAAAUUGAAUUAACUGCAUGAUGUACUUGACUCUCAUGUCAAUUGAAAUGCGACUACCAUAAAUCUCAUUUCGAUCAAAGCAACUUUAUCUACUACUCAUCAAAUUGUGGAAAAAAGAAGCGGGAUACGUUAAUUGAUUUGCCUUUUUUUAGUUUCUAUCUCUUUGUAACCUUGUGAACUACCUGUUAUUUUCAAAAAAGAUUGUCAGAAUUGCGAUGUAUUUUUUAUUUUUCAAAUUUUGAAUGAAAAAUUGAAUCGAAUCGAAUUGACAAGCAACGAAAUCGUGCACAUUAAUACAAAAGCAAAUGCAUUAGCACAAAAUCAUCGGAUCAAUUUCGAUUAGACAAGGAACAAAAAAAAUGUUGUUUAGGUACGGAAAACUGAACAGAAUAUUAGAAAUCGAUCGAAAUCAAAAUGAAAACCAAUAAUUAGAAUUUUUUGGUAACAUUUGUAGUCUCGCGGUAGUAGAAAUUUCCGUUGUAGUUUAGUUGUUAAAAUGAAAAAUAAUAAAAAGAAAUAUUACGAAAUGAAA